AUGAUGUCCUCCAAUAUACCCUCGCGCUUCCUAGCCCCGACAGACUCUCCCUCGGUAUACCAAACCAUCCGUGAACACGAAGCCGGCUCCGAUUCAUCUGAUGUGGAAGAGCGUGCGGGCAUGGCUCAAGAAGAAGGUCUUCAAGGACACUUUAGCGACCGAGAACUAGAAGAUGUGCUGGCAGAUGCAGAGGGCAGCGAGCUGUCCAGCCCGCGAGCAGCUCUGCUGGGGACUCAAAGGUCGCAGCAAGCUGCCAACCUCCAUGGUUCCCCGUCCGUUUCGCGUCGUCGCAAACCAUCCAGACCACGUUGGAUGACCCAAGAAUCGCCGCAGGGCUACGAGCUGGAUGAUCGGGAUGAGGAUGUGCCCCCAUCUUUGUUGGUGGAAGGGGGGAUGAUGAGCCAACAACCCCCUGCGACCGAUACUGCAAACCCGGUUCGACAGUGGUUCAACUCGCAACACCCAACCUUUGCCAAUAUCGACCCGAAGCGGAAAGCCAUGUGGCGCUGGGCAAAUGUCGAAGACCUGGACAACUUCUUGAAAGAUGUCUACACAUAUUUUCUUGGAAAUGGGUUCUGGUCUAUUUUGUUGGACCGCACCCUGAAUCUCUUGACUUUCGCAUUUGUUGUGGGUUUUUCCACGUUCUUGACCAACUGUGUCGACUAUCACAAGGUUCGAGGAAGUAAGACCCUAGACGAAAUCCUCGUGCCCAAAUGCACCGCCAACAUGUCUGGCUCAGCCACGUUCCUGCUUUGGCUUUUUAGCUUUUUCUGGAUUGGGAAGCUAUUCCAGUAUCUCGUUGACACCCGAAGGCUUUGGCAUAUGCAUGAUUUCUACCUGCAUCUUCUCGGUGUCUCCGAUGCCGAGGUGCAGACUAUCUCAUGGCAAGAAGUGGUCAGCCGAUUGAUGACUCUCCGCGAUUCGAACCCCGCGACAGCUGCAGCAAUCUCGGCUAAGCACCGUAGGUUUCUGGGGAGCCAGUCGAAGCAACGAAUGGACGCCCAUGAUAUUGCCAAUCGACUGAUGCGGAAAGAGAACUACAUGAUUGCGUUGGUGAACAAGGACAUCUUGGAUCUCACUCUCCCGAUUCCGUUCUUGCGAAACCGACAACUCUUCUCGCGAACGCUAGAGUGGAACCUCAACCUCUGCAUUAUGGAUUACGUCUUCAAUGAACAAGGGCAACUGCGUACGCUGUUCCUCAAGGAUACCCACCGACGAGCUUUGAGUAAUGGCUUGCGCCGACGCUUCAUCUUUGCCGGUAUCAUGAACAUUCUCGCGGCACCGUUUAUCGUCGUUUACUUUAUGCUGCAAUACUUCUUCCGUUAUUUCAAUGAAUUCAAGAACAGCCCUGGACAGAUCGGGUCUCGACAAUAUACUCCGCUGGCGGAGUGGAAAUUCCGCGAAUUCAACGAGCUCUGGCAUAUCUUCGAACGGCGCACCAAUAUGUCUUACCCAUUCGCCAGUCGGUACAUUGAUCAGUUCCCCAAGGACAAGACUGUCCAGGUCGCUCGGUUUGUUGCUUUCAUUUCUGGCGCCUUGGCGUCGGUGCUUGCACUCGCUUCUGUGGUUGAUCCGGAGCUCUUCCUCGGCUUUGAAAUCAGCCCUGAUCGCACUGUCCUCUUCUACCUGGGUGUCUUCGGCACGGUGUGGGCUGUUGCUCGAGGAGUCGCACCGGAGGAAACCGAUGUCUUUGACCCCGAAUAUGCGCUCCUCGAGCUGAUUGACUUUACGCAUUACUUCCCCUCGACCUGGAAGGGGCGGUUACAUAGCGACGAGGUUCGCAAAGAAUUCGCGGUUCUCUAUCAGAUGAAGAUCGUUAUCUUCUUAGAAGAGAUCUUGAGCAUGAUCUUCACGCCUUUUGUGCUGUGGUUCAGCCUGCCCAAGUGCAGCGACCGGCUCAUCGACUUCUUCCGUGAAUUUACCGUUCAUGUCGAUGGGAUGGGAUACGUUUGCUCCUUUGCGGUCUUUGACUUUAAGAAGGGUGCCAACGCCAUGCCUCAAAGUCGGCGAGAGCCCGCUCGCCGGGACUUGCGAGCCGACUAUUUCUCCACCAAAGAUGGCAAGAUGCUUGCUUCUUACUAUGGCUUCCUAGAUCACUACGGCAGCCACAACAACAACCAGCCUGCUGGGCGACGCCCCUUCCAUCCUCCGCCAAAUCUGCCCACAUUGGGAUCGACAUCUACCGCCGAGCUGGGUACAGGUCCGGAGCGAUUCGAUUACCAUAAACGGCCCGGGCCAGCAGGCGGUCCUCCCUUCGGCCCACAGUCUAUCAUUGGCGCCUCCCGAUUCCGGCCCAUGCCAAUGGGUGAUCUACGCUCUCCAGGCCCCUCUAUCCUGCUUGACCCGCGGCAUCAACCACCCACGUCUGGUUUCCGUCAGGCCACCCACACAGUACCCCCACGGUCUCGGUUGGCACGAUCGCAGCUCCCUGCCAGCGACCAGAUCCAUGACGAUGAAGAGUCCUCGAUCAAGGGCGAUCGCGGCUCCACCAGCCGUCCGCUGGCCAACCCGCAGGGUGCGUCUAGUGGAGGCGUUGGCACGGGCGAGAGCAGCUUGGGCGAUUCGUGGCGCAUGAAUCCUCUGGGGAAAGAUGAGGAUACGGAGGAAUACGAUGAUGAAGAGGAUGUCGAUGCAAUUGCUGGCGGGGUUGGAGUCCUUGGCCUCAUCCAGCAGUUCCAGAAGGCGAAUACAGAGGGUCGCCGGACAACUGGGGGAAUCUAG